UGAUUUCAAUUCAAAAUUAUUUAAUGGCAUUUCUUAGAGAAUCAUAUUAAGUAAUACCGAUGGAAAUUAAGAAUUUUUUUCCUUUCAGUUCUCUGUUUUUCGUUUUAUGAUUUACAAAAUUUUUAGGGUUUUAACUUUGUAGCUUUUUUUUUCUAAGUAACAUAAUUCAUAAUCAAAUUAUUUGAAAAAUGAUUUAGAAUAUCAUAGUUCUGUAUUUUUUUUUCUGUUCUAACUUUUCAAGAUGCAUGGAUGCUAGAAUAAUAAAUUGCAACCUUGAAAUUUUUUGAAAUUUAAAGGGCUGUUUUUGAACCAGAUAUAAAUUAUAUGGUUUUAUUUGCUGUGCUGUUAGUCCCUUUUUUUAUAAGAGAAUUAAUCUUAACACUUUAUUUAAGAUUGUUAUUACUUUUUUUUUUUCUGUUGCGUAAAUUGAGAAAGAAAGGAAUUAUAAUGUAAAGGUUUUUAGUUUGUAGUGCAUAUUGGCAAAUAUUUAUAAAAUUUUUAUUAUAUAUUGCUUAGUUAUUAUAUUUUUCAUAUGAAUUAUUUUACAGUCACUAUAUCUGAUUGUCCACUUCAAGCCUUGGAGCUAUUGAGAGCAAAGAUAGGAAAUUACGACAUAGUGCUCAUUGAUGUUAAUUUGACAUGCAUUGAUGGAUUUGAAUUAGUAGAGAAUGUGAGCCGUGAAAUAAGUUUGCCUAUAAUUGGUAUGUUAAAGUUUUCUACAAAAAAUAUUAAAUUAUUUUAUUUAUCAAUUACUUUUUUUUUAAACGUGGUUAAAUUUAUAUGCAGUGCUGUCAGCUUAUUCUGAUUUUCAAAAUGUCAUGAAAGUAUAAACUAUGGUGCAAUUGACUAUCUUGUCAAACCUGUGCGUCUUGAAGAAUUGAAACUAAUUUGGAAAGCAUGUAGUAAAAAAUAUCUUAAUGAAAUGAAGAGCAUUAAUGAAUCAAGUUCAAUGGAAGUUAACAUUUCACGUCUAACAAAAAAAUCCAAAGAUCUUGUGAGGAAAAGAGAUGAAGAUGACGAUAUUGCUUUAAAAGAUAAUUUUGCCUUCACAAAAAAGAGCUAGAGUUUCUUGGACCCCAGAGCUUCAUGCAAAAUUUAUCAAUGCUGUUAAUCAAUUAGGCAUAGACAAGGCAGUUCCAACUAAAAUACUUGAUAUCAUGGGCAUACCAGACUUACAAGGAAAAUGUUGGCCAAGCCAUUUACAGAAGUACAGAAAAGGCUUGAAAAGAAAUACAAUUGAGCUUAAUCAACAAAUUUUUGAUAAUGCUAAAGCAAGAGAAAGUGAAAGUUGGUUCUCUCCUCAUAUGACAUAUCAAAAUAAUUUUUGCCAACAAUCUAUGAUUAAUUUGCUUGAAAAUCAAUUCGAAUCUCAACAAUUCGUUUUAAACAAUGAUCUUAAUGAUAACAAUAAUUUUGAUGAGCUUGCAACAUUAUUAGCACUUGAACAAAAACAAUCGCAAAAUAGUUCCGACUCAGGUGCACAAAUCAACACGGAUUCAGUUGAUGUUCAAAGUUAUAGUUUGGAAGAUCAUGGGGGAAGCAAUGCUUCGAAUUUGGCAAUCCUAUCUGAGUUUGGCAAUAUGGAUGACACAGAUGAGCUUUAUGUAGCACUUUGCCAGUUUCAAUACUAAGAUCACUGCAAGGGCUCUUGAAGGUGCUUUUAAUUGUUGAGGAAAAUCUCGAUUCAUACCCUGCUCUAAGCUUUGUAGAUUGUUGUUCUGUGCAUCUUUCUCCAUCAUGGCCAAGUUUAAUGGAGUCAUUUCAAAAGUUGGAGCUUGUGGAGUCAAUUCAUAAUUUGUUUCUUAGUUGCCAAUUCAAUUCUGUAAUUUUGCUUCUUUCAUUGCAUGUUAUUGUUGUUUAGAGGUUAUG